AAAACACGUAAUGUAGAGAUUCUCGAAUUAAGUUUUAUAGUAUAUAGUAAUAUGUUUUAGUUUCUGUAAGUAAAGCCCAAAAUGAAUCAUAGAAGACGCUGAACCGGAACAGGGAAUUAUAGAAGCCCUUGUCUCACAAAAACACACACUUAUGUUUGCACAAACAUUUCUCGGAAAGUCUUGAAAGUUUCUAGGUGUUUGACUUGGGGAAUUUGGACAUUGCACAAGGAAUUUACUAUUAAUCCUUAAAACCCUCAUAACCAACGAACUUUCUCAAGAUGAAGAAACGAAUUUUUGUCCCUUAUCCUAUACUUUGUCUGACAAGAGCGCCGACGUUCUUGCAUGCAUGCUAAAUAAUAUAGUUUCUAGUAUAUUCUUUCACCGCCAGACGUCACGUUUGCAAUUUCAGGAUAGACUUAUCUAAUCUGAUCCCUCCCACUUUCUGUUUUUUAGAAUCCCAAUGCAUAACUCGGAUCUAACUUCGCUUCAAUAAUUCAAACUGCUGCCUGCUUCUGCUUCUUUCUCAUUCUCUUCACACAAACACACAAAAAACAUAAAAUUUCUGAAAAUUUUCUUCCAUCCCUUCAUCUCAUGAUUUCAUUCUUUUUCUAUUAGAUUCGUGAACCCUUUUGGAAGUUCAUUAAUUCAUAUUUUUCUUUAAUUUUUUUCUCAUUGUGGACAUGUCAGCCGUUUAUAGUUAGUACUAAUGAAGAUUCAAGCUGCAAGAUAUCAUUGAUUGUUGGAGCAAGCAAAAAUCUCGAGAAUUUGUGGUGGUUAUGGACAUAACGAACGAGGCGAGCGUGGAUGAGUUCUCGAUUGGGCCGUCGACGUUGUUGGGGCGGACAAUCGCGUUCCGGAUCCUCUUGUGCAAAUCCCUCUCACAUCUCCGCCACAAAAUCCUACUCACCCUUUGUCUCCGCUUCUCUAAACUCACCAAAACCUUAAAGUCCCAGCUCUCAUGGAUGCACCCGCAGGGGAUCCUACUGAUGCUCACCGCAAUCGCAUUCCUCCUGAAGCGCUUCACAAACGUGAGGGCCACAGCAGAGAUGGCCUACAAGCGCAAGUUCUGGAGCAACGUCACCCGAUCCGCCCUCACCUACGACGAGUGGGCCCACGCCGCCAAGAUGCUCGACAGGGAGACCCCCCGCGCCGGCGACGCCGCCCUCUACGACGAGGAGCUCGUGCGGAACAAGCUGCACGAGCUCCGGCGCCGCCGCCACGACCGCUCCAUCCGCGACAUCAUGUUCUACAUGCGCGCCGAUCUGGUCCGGAACCUGGGCAACAUGUGCAACCCGGAGCUCCACAAGGGGCGGCUGCAGGUGCCCAGGCUGAUCAAAGAAUACAUCAACGAGGUGACGACGCAGCUGAGGAUGGUGUGCGAUUCGGAGGCGGAGGAUCUGUCCCUGGAGGAGAAGCUGGCCUUCAUGCACGAGACGCGCCACGCCUUCGGGCGGAGCGCCCUCCUGCUGAGCGGGGGGGCGUCGCUGGGGGCGUUCCACGUGGGCGUGGUGAAGACCCUGGUGGAGCAGAAGCUCCUGCCGAGGAUCAUCGCGGGCUCCAGCGUGGGGUCCGCGAUGUGCUCGGUGGUGGCGACGCGGUCGUGGCCGGAGCUGCAGAGCUUCUUCGAGGACUCGUGGCAGUCCCUGCAGUUCUUCGACCACAUCGGGGGCAUCUUCACGGUGUUGAAGAGGAUGAUGACGCACGGCGCCGUCCACGACAUCCGGCAGCUGCAGAUGAUGCUCAGGCAUCUCACCAACAACCUCACCUUCCAGGAGGCCUACGACAUGACGGGCCAGGUGCUGGGGAUCACCGUGUGCUCGCCCAGGAGGCACGAGCCCCCCCGCUGCCUCAACUACCUCACCUCGCCCCACGUCGUCAUAUGGAGCGCCGUCACCGCCUCCUGCGCCUUCCCGGGGCUCUUCGAGGCGCAGGAGCUCAUGGCCAAGGACAGGGGCGGCAACAUUGUGCCCUACCACCCGCCCUUCCAUCUCGAGCCGCGUCGCUGGAGGGAUGGCAGCUUGGAGAUUGAUCUCCCCAUCAAGCAGUUGAAGGAGCUUUUCAAUGUCAAUCAUUUCAUAGUCAGCCAGGCCAAUCCCCACAUUGCACCUUUGCUCAGGUUGAAGGAGAUGGUCAGGGCUUGUGCUGCCAGAUUUGGUGCUAAGCUCGCUCAUUUAGCUGAGAUGGAGGUGAAACAUAGAUGUAACCAGAUAUUGGAACUUGGUUUCCCUCUUGGAGGAGUAGCUAAGCUCUUUGCUCAAGAUUGGGAAGGUGAUAUCACUGUUGUCAUGCCUGCUACUUUGGCUCAGUUAUCGAAGGUGAUACAGAAUCCGUCAUAUGUGGAACUUCAGAAAGCAGCAAACCAAGGGAGGAGGUGCACUUGGGAGAAGCUCUCAGCCAUGAGGGCGAACUGCGGGAUCGAGCUCGCCCUCGACGAGUGCGUGGCUGUGCUCAACCACAUGCGCCGCCUCAAGAGGAGCGCCGAGAGGGCCGCGGCCGCCUCUCCUCGCGGCAACGGCAGCGGCCUACCCCGGUUCAAUGCUUCCAAGAGGAUCCCCUCUUGGAACGUCAUUGCCCGGGAGAACUCCACGGGGUCCCUCGAGGAAGACCUCAUGGCGGACCCCGCAGGCAGCGGAGCAUACCCCAGAAGCUGGCGCACGCUCUGCUGCAGCCACGACGGCAGCGACAGCGAGUCGGAGGGCCCGGACCUCGUCCAGUCUUGGACGAGGUCCGGCGGCCCUCUGAUGAGGACGACCUCCGCCGACAAGUUGGUGGAUUUGGUGCAGAGCUUGGAGGUCGUGAACUCGAGAGCGAAUCGGGGCGGCGCGUUGGAGCCGACGUCCGAUACAGAGUAUGAUGAGAGAGAAUUGAGCUGUAGAGGUGCCGGGACGAUUGUGGUGGCGGAGGGCGAUCUUCUGCAGCCGGAGAGAGUGGACAACGGGGGCAUCGUGUUCAACGUGGUGAAGAGGUCGGCGCUGACGGCGGAUCACAAUAAUAACUGUGCUCAAGAGUCAACAGUAGCGGAGUUGGUGCAGCAUGAGAGUCUUGAUGAUGAGAUGGAUGGGGAUAGCUCCAUUUCCGGAGAUGACUUCAUCGCCGGAGACAAUGUCUUCCAACUCCACUCCGCCGAUGCUUGAGGACUACUACAUGUUUCUUUCUUCAUUCACUCGUUAACAAAUUUGGGUCUCCUUUUUUUUCAGAUUGUUUUUUCUUUCAGAUUUUGAAAGUCUAUAUGUGAGGAAAAAGUACUUGUCGACGGUCGACACUAUAUUCACAGAUUCACUAUGUUGUGUAUGAUUUUUGUAGUGCGUAAAAAUAGGAAUGGAAAGGGAAUGAAAUCAAAUAAA